GGAGUAGGUCUUUCUUGCUGUAUCUAGACGGUACGUAUUUACCAUGAGAAGCCCUUGGCUCCCAAGUUUGCUCGCAUUAGUAUAUUGCUCCGUUUUGACGCAUCGAGCAUACGCUGGACUUGCUACCACUGCGCCCGAUUCCGUAACUGGAUUAUAUGUUCCAGGAUGGGCAGAGAACACUGGUUCGGUUUUAAACUUCUUCAAUACCAGCGCGAUUAACCUGGAGGGCGUUUCGCACGUUUACUAUGCAUUUCUAUGGAUUUAUGGAGGAAAUUCGACCGUCUAUGAUCCAUUUGGAAACUUGAAACUACUCGUGUCUCUCAAGUCUCGCUGGCCAGCGACUAAGCUCAUCCUGUCCAUCGGCGGUGGUGGUUUCAGUACCACCAUUUGGACCAAAGCCGCAACCACCGGCCUCACCGCCUUCGUCAACAGCGCUAUCAAGGCCAUGAAAUCGGCCAACGCUGACGGCAUCGACCUGGACUGGGAGUAUCCUGUCGCCAGCACCCGGGACACCUUCACCGCGCUGUGCGCCGCGAUGCGCUUACGUCUGGAUGCGGAGGGCGCCGCCGCCACCCCCGCCCGCCACUACUGGCUGACCGCCGCCACUCAGUCCAUUGUCUCAGGAGACAGCUUCGACGGCUACGACCUCCCGGUGCUCAAGAACCACCUGGACCUGUUUAACAUCAUGACAUACACCAUGCACGACCCGUGCUUCUGGGAGACGGAGACCCACUUCCACACCGCCUGGGCGGAAUGCGCCACUGCCCUGGACUACUACCUCAGCAAGGGAGUUCCCCGCACCCAGCUGGUGUUGGGUCUCGCCUUCUACGGCCACGUUUACCGCCUCACCGACCCCUCGGUCUACAAGUACCCGGCACCCAGCGUGGAGGGCAGGGACUGCUCAACAAUGACCACGGUAUCGUACCGUGCAAUUCUACUUGAGCUCAAGAACAGCAAUGGCCGUGGUGGCGUCUUUGUGGACGUGGCGCAACGUAGCGCCUAUUUCGUGUACGACACGCGCUGGAUUGGUUUUGAUAUUCCGGAAACGAUGGCGCUAAAAAUCAAUGCUUCCCGCGCGUACGGCGUGGGUGGCGUUAUGAUUUGGGAUGCCUCCCUGGACACUCCGGACGGGUCCCUGCUGAGGGCGGUGGCUUCCCGGAACAUGAGUACGACAAGGCCCUGUGGGGGCGGAUUUGUUGGUAACGGCGCCUGCGGCGACGCCUCCUUGUGCUGCUCCGAGUUUGGCUACUGCGGGCUGGGGGAGACCUUUUGCGGUCCCAAGUGCCGAGGUGGACCGUGCAUCCAGUACCCCUCCCCGCCCCCCCGGCCCCCCGCCCCCCCGCCCAAUUGCGGUAACGGGGUGGUGGGCGGGGGCGUCUGCGCCGUGAUCUCGGAGUGCUGCUCUGUUGCCGGCUGGUGCGGUACGGGAGAGGCCUGGUGCGGGGUGAAUUGUGUGGGCGGCCCCUGCUGGUACAAACCAAGGUCGCCGCCGCCGCCUCCAAGGCCGCCGCCCAAACCCUCGCCGCCGCCACCGCCGCCACUGUCGUACGGGUGCGGCGAGGGCAUCAUUGGCAACGGCACGUGUCCGUUUCCGUACGAAUGUUGCUCCGCCUUUGGCUACUGCGGCACUUCUGACGCGCACUGCGGGGCCCACAUGCGGGAACGGCAACGUGGGGAACGGGCGGUGCGGAUUCCCCGGAGAUUGCUGCUCCAAGGAGCAACGCGCUCGCCGCCGCCGCCGCCACUGCUGCCGCCGCCGCGUCCCUCCGCCAGCACCUUUUGUGGGAACGGCAAGGUCGGCAACGGCACAUGCCGCGACCCCACCCAGUGCUGCUCAGCUGCCGGGUUCUGUGCCGUCAGCGCGGACCACUGCUACUGGUAUUGUGUAGGGGGGCCCUGCUGGGUGCCGCCGCCGCCGCCGCCGGCGCCGCCGGGCAUGCUCGCGUCGCCAUCCCCGCCACCUCCUAACCCCCCUGGAGUCGUUACAGUGUACUGCGGCGACGGUGUCGUGGGCAACAAGCAGUGCCGCCUGAAAAACCUGUGCUGCUCCGCAGCGGGCUUCUGCGCCUACUCCGCCGACCACUGCCUUCAUUACUGCGUGGGGGGCCCCUGCUGGGCGCCGCCACCGUCAGCCGUACAAAAGAUGAUGAACGCCACGUCGUCGCCAUGACCGCUGCCCAUGUCGGCCGGGGGCAGCAACCCGCACAUCCUGGACCAACACGAUCGGCUUGGGGCCCAGUGAUCUCGCAGUUACGAAAACCUGUGCGUGUAUGUGUGUAUUUGUGGUGCCGUGACGCUAGGGUGUUAUUACGGCUUAAUCUCGCACAAUAUGGUCGUACCGGCGCCGUACGAGUGUUGUACUGUUUGCAGGAAGCUGCGGGUGGCACGUACAGCUUCGGUGGCGGUAGCGCGCGGCUGCUGCUGUGAACCUGCGAUGUAUGUAUUUGUGUGAUAUGUAUAUAUAUGUUUCUAUGUGUAUUGUAUAUAUUUGUAUAUGUGAUGGGU